GCUCGACAACUUAUAAAUCCAAUUUCUGUGCUUGUGUCUACGCACAUUAAAGUGUGUCUAUAUUAUGUAAUCUGUCAUUGUGUGUCUGUAUUCUGUCAAUUCUGUGUUCUCUCAAAUGUAACUCAAGCUUCAUCUCAAGCUUUAUCCUGGGAGAGAGAUCGUAGUAUCUAGACACCAUACUUAAAAUCUCAGAAUUGUGUAAAGAGCAAAGAGGUGGGACGGUGGUAAAAAGUGUGCUAUGAUUGCUCAGUCGUCAAGCAGCAAGAAGAGCAUGUUGAAAAGCCCAUGCACGUUGGAUGUGCACACAUGUAAGAUGCCCUUGAGAAAGUCCUAAGAGCGAAGGGAAAAGUCUAAAAAAGAGGGGAUUGGUAGCCUGAGGGCAUUUUGGUUGCACAAAUUCUGUAUCUGGAAAAUUCUACUUCCAAGGUUGCAGCAGGACUCGUUGGUCUGGAUUUGUGAAAUUGCUUGCCAUCUGUUCCUGUCGAUCUGCAGUUUUAGUGGGGAGACCAGUGGAAGAGGUGAAAGACGUGGACUCAUAUCGAGCACAUCUCCCAGAGAGAAGCGUACAGGCUAGCGAUUUGUGCACAGAAUUCACUGAAAUUAGCCCAGCUAUGGUGGUUAAAGUGGCAGCAUCAGGAGGGAUGGAGCUGCUGAGCACAGAGGAGAACAGCAAAGCCGAGUACCGCGCCACGGCUGGCAGGGUUUCCCCUCAAGUGCUUCACAUGGUUCCUGGAGACAGGAAUGACGAGCUCCCUCAUUUUACCCAAACUCAAAAAGGACAACCUAAUAACCAAGACGUUGGUUGAGUCGAAGUAUGACGAACCACCCAUGUACAUUCCGCAAUUUCCUAGAGAGGCUGCGAGGCUUGUUCAAGAGCAGAUGGUGCUCCAAGUGCAGCCGGAUACGGUUCCCACGGACAGCGUUGUAUCGGCUGUGAGAUGCUUGCCACCGCAAGCAUUAGACAAAGUAUACAAUGAGGUAGAGGACAAACAGUACAGUUUUCGCCAUUGGACUAUUCGGGACUAUGCCCAGGCUUACAUUUCAGGAAGGCUUACUCCCAUACAGGUAGCGGAGCGAUUUAUAUCAGCAGUGGAGGAUUCGCAAAAUCAAGGAAUGAACCUAUUCAGUGCAAUGGAUUCGCGAGACGUACUUGCUCAAGCGGCAGAAUCAGCUGCACGCUACAAGAAAGGGCAACCGUUGUCAGUGUUAGAUGGAGUCCCCAUUGCGGUGAAGGAUGAGAUAGACUGCCUGCCUUACGCAACUACAGGGGGGACGACGUGGCUGGGCGAAGUGCGGCAGACGAAGGAUGAUGCACAAGCGGUGAAGUGCUUGCGCUCAUGUGGGGCAGUCAUGGUUGGGAAGACCAACAUGCACGAAUUAGGUAUGGGUACCACGGGCAUCAAUCCACAUUACGGGGCAACUCGCAACCCAUAUGACAAGACAAGAGCAUCUGGAGGCUCAUCGGGAGGCUCGGCAGCGGCAGUGGCUGCUGGCAUCUGUCCUGCUGCGCUAGGUGUUGAUGGAGGAGGCUCGGUGCGUAUGCCUGCUGGUUUAUGCGGAGUGGUGGGCCUCAAGCCCACAUUCGGCCGGACAUCGAAUGUUGGAGUCUUGCCAUUGAACUGGACGGUGGGAAUGUUGGGUACUCUUACCGGGACCGUGGAGGACGCACUCAUCAUGUAUGCAGCAAUACAAGGAGCACUUCCCCACGAUCAUAUUGUGUCCUUUCCGCCACCAGCAAACUUUCCCCUAUUAAUGGACUCUCAUGAAGAAACAAUGAGACGUGGGAAACUCAUGGGAAACCUGAAAUUUGCAAAAUUCUCAGAGUGGUUCAAUGAUUCUGAUGAGCCAAUACGCAAAGCGUGUUGUAGAGCAGUGCGAUUAGUACAGCAACUCUAUGAUACCCAGGUUGUGGAAGUGACCAUUCCCGAGCUGGAAGAGAUGCGGUUGGCACAUUUUGUGACCAUAGGCAGCGAAUGUUUUACUUCUCUUGGAAUGGACUACCAGCAAUCAGGGCUUGAGGCAUCUGGUGGAGACGUGCGAGUCGGAUUCUCGAUAUAUGAGAGUUUUAAUAGCCGGGAAUUCAUUGCUGCACAACAGAUGAGGUUUCGGCAGAUGCACUAUCAUAACGAGAUUUUCAAGAGGGCUGAUAUCAUCAUCACGCCGACCACAGGGGCAACAGCACCACUGCUUCGGCGUAAUGCUGAAAAUUGCGGGGAGCUUGACUAUGGUCUUGGAGCCAAGCUGAUGCGUUUUCUAAUCGCUGGGAAUUUUCUCGGACUACCAGCUAUUUCUGUGCCGAUAGGGCAUGAUGAAGAUGGUUUACCGAUUGGAUUACAACUCAUCGGUCGUCCAUGGUCGGAAGCUACCCUAUUGCAUGUGGCAGCUGUUAUUGAGAGAUUGUGCUCCUCUUUUCGAGAACCACCUGAUGUCUUAUACGACUUGCUCUUGUAACCUUUGCUCGAAACCCCAUUCCUAGAGUCUUUUGAUGGUAACUCUACCACCAAUAAAAAAAUCAUGAUAUCUGUUCACAUGUGCAGCAGCGUCUAAGUGCACAACUUGAAUUGCACCCAUCCACUCCUCUGGGCAGAGAUUACGAGUUUGGUGGAAGUCCAUAAUGUGAGGAAACAGGUUCUUGAGCUCUCACCAGUUAGAUUGUAUGACAUGCAGAUAGCAUGUUUGUACAAAAUAAAUCAAUCAUAUUUUUAAUUAUUCAUUGGGAAUUUCAAAUAAUCUGUAACCAUGUAUCGCAGUACCUUACCAGCUUGGGCAGAAAUUAAUGUAUUCGCCAGUCCCUUGAAUUAUCUUCAAAACUUUUUGAAGCAUCAACAUGAA